AUGGCGUUCUUCCGGAGAAGGAUACCGUAUAGCCUGGGUGCCGAUUUGCUGCCGGAGGAGAGGGAGGGUCUCAAGGAACGGUUGGAGCCGGAGGAAGAGAAAAGACUCACCGACAAUAUGUUGGAGGUAUAUGAUCGAUUACUGCCGUCUGCGGAGAGUGACGAUCGACGACGCCAACUUGUUCGCAAGUUGGAAAGGCUAUUCAACGAACAAUGGCCUGGUCGGGAUAUCAAGGUCCACGUUUUUGGGUCGUCAGGGAAUAAACUCUGUUCAAGUGACUCGGAUGUGGACAUCUGUAUAACGACGACAUAUAAGGAGCUCGAGCAGGUCUGUCUGUUAGCGGAGGUUCUUGCACGACAUGGCAUGGAACGGGUCGUUUGUGUAUCCCACGCGAAAGUUCCCAUCGUGAAGAUCUGGGAUCCAGAAUUACAGUUAGCCUGCGAUAUGAACGUGAACAACACAUUGGCAUUGGACAAUACGCGUAUGGUUCGGACCUACGUUGAGAUAGACGAGCGUGUGAGGCCGUUGGCUAUGAUCAUCAAACAUUGGACGAAACGGAGGAUACUCUGCGAUGCCGGAUUGGGUGGCACAUUAAGCUCCUAUACAUGGAUAUGCUUGAUCAUUAACUUCCUCCAAACUCGAAACCCCCCGAUUCUCCCCAGUCUUCAGGCUCGACCCCAUGAGAAGAAGAUUUCGCCCGAAGGAUUGGUCUGCUCAUUUGACGAUGACCUUGGCAAUCUGACUGGAUACGGACGGAAAAACAAGCAAAGCUUAGGCGACCUAUUUUUUCAGUUUUUUAAAUAUUAUGGCCACGAGCUCGACUACGAAAAGUAUGUUGUAUCUGUUCGAGAGGGUAAGCUGAUCUCGAAGGAAGCCAAAGGGUGGCACUUACUGCAGAAUAAUCGCCUCUGCGUGGAGGAGCCUUUCAAUACGUCGAGAAACUUGGGAAACACUGCAGAUGAUACAUCCUUCAGAGGCGUACAUCUCGAAUUACGGAGAGCAUUCAAGGCUGCAUCACAAGGAGAUCUUGAGCUCUGUUGUGAGCAAUACGAGUAUCCUCCCGAGGAAGAGCGAUCGUGGGAGCGGCCUCCUCCUCAACCGCGGCCUGUUCUCACAGCGCCUCCGUCUUCCCGGGGCGGUCGUGGUGGUGGCCGUGGUGGGCGAAAUUCGCACCAAUACCCUCGUGGUGGUCAUAAUGGCAGCCGUCGGUCUUCAAAUACGCCGCAUAAGUCCAAUAACUUCCGCCAAGCCAGCAACGCUACAAAAUCAAGCGCUUCUCACCGGGAGACCACCACCUGUGCUUAUCCGUCAGCCAUUCAUACAGUUUCCGAUGCCUCAACAGCAGGAGUCAACCGGCGACGACAACUCUCGCUCAAGGUCCGGAACAGCGAACCACGCUCCCCACGGAACGCAGCUCCGCCAGCAUGUCUACUAUGGCACCCCUUACCUUCCGGUUGCGAUCACGGGCUUGCAAGGCAGUAG